AGCCGAAACCCUCUCAUUCACUGUCUCGGAGAGUUGCAACAACUCGAAACGCUUGAAGCAAAAGUUUUUGUUGUAAGAUCGUAGUUCACGGUUUUGAUUCGGAGAGUUUGUAGAAAGUGAUACACCCUAAGGACUUCGAUCUGUGCUUGAAUUUGGGCCGAAAUUUGUAAGAAUCUGCUGUGACUUUUACAGCAGAUCUCAUUCAGUAAAUGUGACUGUCAAAUUCGAUUCAAGCAUUGUUCAAGGUCGCGUUCAAGAUCCCCAUCUGUCUUACCCGCGGAACGGCUUCGGAAGACUUUUGGCGAAGACGUUCGCUUCUGCUGAAAGGCGUCUUGGGGUGAAGAAAAUGGAUGUUGAAUUUUACAGUGACCAGAAUUUGGAUGCUAGAAAUUACUUUUCAUCCCUGAAAAGCUUCGAAAUGAACAUGGCCAGCAAAAACCCUCGCGUACCCAAGAUCAAAUUCGAGAUGGACUACCAUUCACAGGAUGGGGAUCAAAUGUGCAUGAUUCCCUUGGAAUCUAUCAAAAAAGAGAAUGUCGACGACUCAUGUGUACCGGAAAGGCCACCUUACAAAUCUAUGAGGAAAGUACCAUCCAUGAGCGAUCUCUCCGAAGAAAGCUCUCUGGAUUUACCGACUCAGGUGCCCCCUUUGACACCAGGUACAAAUCAGAAGAUGACUCAGGCACUGAGAGCCAGUUUCAGCAGUUGGGAAAAAGAACGAGUUCAGAGAAAUAUUCCAAAAGAUCCUCGUCUUUGGAAAGAGAUGGAUGUCGCACACUGGCUGAACUGGGCAACGCGUGAAUUUAGUCUCGAAGGAACAUCCCUUCCGAAUUUCAACAUGUCUGGCAAAGAAAUGUGUUCCCUUUCGAAGGAAGCAUUUCUUGCCAGGUCUCCACCAUUCAUGGGGGACAUCCUUUUCGAACAUUUGGACAUUUUACAGAAAGACGUGGAAAAGGAGGACCAUCCGAACCUGGAGAACGUUCCCGCUAAUUUGUACGAAUCUGUAUGCAUGCCUGAUUUCAACGAGUUUUUCCAACAGGGGGAAAACAAUUUUCCCCUUCCAGACCAGAAGAAUAACGCCACGACUAUGAACAAUACCGGCAACCAGCAGCAAUACAUGGACAAUGGUUACAACCAUGUUGCGCAUUCUAUGCACGGCUUGCAUGACGUAACUCAUGAUGAAAUCAUCCACUAUGAAGAUAAUCAUGACUAUGGACUUGAAACUCCAAAUGCUCAUAAUCACUACAUCGACAGCAGUCCUGAAUUUUAUCCAAAUCAGCAACUAAACAUUGGCCAAGAAACGAAAUUUCAACCUGCAUAUCAUGGAAAAAGUUUUACAAGAGGUCGAUUUCCCCCCCAUGAUAUUGGGUUACCAGAAGGCUAUAGUCCACAUCAUCACUACGAUACAACAUUUCAAACUGUCCCAUCAUCUGUACCACCAUCUCCUGACCAGUGGCCGGCAGAUCUUAGUCAUGGCAAUGCUUCUACACUUCCCAACGGUCAUCAUGCAACACAUCAUCAUCAAACUCAUCCAGCAUUUACUGCCCUGCAAACACGAGAAUCCCCACUGUCACACUUGGGACAUGUGCAAAAUUCAUCACCUGGGCAUGUGCAAGGACAACAGGGCUGUGAUGUCAAGCCAGUGAUACAAGCUGCUGUUCUUGCUGGGAGUGGUCCUAUUCAGCUGUGGCAAUUUCUUCUGGAGCUUCUUACUGAUAAAUCAUGUCAGGGCUUCAUCAGCUGGACAGGAGAUGGCUGGGAGUUCAAAUUGACUGACCCAGAUGAAGUUGCAAGGCGAUGGGGCAUUCGCAAAAAUAAGCCCAAAAUGAACUAUGAGAAAUUAAGUCGUGGACUGAGAUAUUAUUAUGAUAAAAAUAUCAUCCAUAAAACUGCUGGAAAACGGUAUGUUUACCGUUUCGUCUGUGACCUGCAAAGUCUUUUAGGAUACACUCCUGAAGAGUUGCACGCAAUGGUUGAUUUGAAACCUGAAAAGAAAGAUGAUGAAUAAAAUUCCCACCUCAAAAUUUUUUUUAUCAGUUUGGGCUGUGAAAUGGCUUUGUAUUCUGUUAUAUUGUAUAUUUCUUACCAGUGGAGCUCCAAAUGCUCUAAAUGGCCAACUUUAAGCCCCUAUGUAGUGAUAUUGCAAAGGCUUUGAUUAUACAUGCCAUUGAUUACGCAUGUGUGAAUCAUUCACCUUUCUAGUCUAGCUGAAGAUGACUUGUUGUCCUGCUGCGAUUAGUAGAUAUUUGUCAAUGUACCUUUUGUAUUUGCUGGUUUGAUGCUUCGAAAUUGAAUGCAAAUUGCUUAGUUAUGGCAAGCCAAGAAGUUUUUUUGGGUGCAUAAAGCUUAAAUUGUGAUUCUUCCAUUUACAUUACUUUUUUCAAUGUUAUUUGUAGUGUUAAAAAUGAGGUGUUCCACCUGCCUCAAAUUUGAUCUCAAAAAUAGUCUCAAAAUGCCUUAAUUUAUGCUGCAUUUUGACUGUAUAACCAAAGUUUCAGUGUGAUCUGCUGUCGUAUAUGCUGAAGGAAUCGUCUGGCAUUCGCUCCAUGUAGUUGACAGUGACUUUUUUGCAAUAUGUGGGAGUGUAACCAGAAUGGCCCAAUAUAAACGUCUAAAGCCAUAUUGUUGAAACUACCUGUGCUGCAUGUUAUGCUGCCUUAAAAAAAUGUUAUUAGCUUCUCUUGGUGCCUAAAGGUUGACUGUAUGCUUUUUGUCAUAUGUUAUGUACAAUUUUAAGGUUUAUAUCUCUGAGGGGGACAUGUUAAGUUGGCCAAUUUCAGAUUGUUAUCUGUACCCAGUGACAUUGUUCUUGAUAUAUCUCUGAUGGCUGUAGCAUUUGCUUUUGUGUUUUUAAAUCAAUAUGUCUAUUUACAAAGCUUUUUUUUAAGUGGCUGUGUAGGUUCUAGUAGCUUUUUACUGACUUUUGUAUGUAUGUAAGUUGAAUGUGGUUUAUAUUAUGCUUCUUUAAAUUGUAUAGAUAAUAUCAGUAGAUGCUGCUGUAAUUAAUUUUAUUUCAGUAUAAAUAUAUUAUUACAUAUAUAUUUAAAAUCUGAAUUGAGUAAAAUUUUCAAAAAAUUUCAAGCAGGCAUAUAUCUAAAAAUUUAUUCAGGGAGGUUCACAUUAAAAAUUAAAAAGAUAAUUGAUCAUAAAAUUGCUUUUCUUGCAAUGUAUCAUUCAAAACAUUGAUAGACAUUUUCAGUUUUUCUUUUGCGUCACUGAUGUCUUGUAUAAUUCAACAUGAUAUACAAGAUAUUCUUCAUUAAAUUUAGUGAAAAAUAGAAUAAGUCUAUCCUCCUGUAUGUAGACAGUUUUCCUGUUCAUAAAUACUUUAUAGAUUUGUUUCAGUUUUAUAAACUAAUCAAAAUAUGUUAUUUCUUUUACUAAGAAGAUAGUUUUUAUGCAUAUGAUACAUAAUUGUUUCGUAUGAGCUUUUGAACAUUAUUCAGAUCUCUUGAAUGUAUUUCUUGGAUAUAUGCUUGUUCAUAAAUAUGAGUAUUCCCUUUGUCAAGUAAAAAUUUGAGAAUUUUAAUUCUAUGGCUUUCAAUUACAGCAGCAGUAAUUUUUUUGUAAAUAAAAAUUGUCUAAAUGUGCACUUCUGUGAUUCAGGGACUACAGGGACAGAUGUAAUUAAAUACAAAUUAUAUUGAGUCAAAUAGACAAAAAUUCAAAAUCAGACUAUAUCCAAGGUUAAUGGUUGCACCUUUGUAAUUUUAGUAGAGCUGCACUUUUUAUUGUAGAAAGAUUUGAUUUCUGACUCUUUAAUUUUCAUACUUUAAAUGUAUUGUUAUAUUUCAAAAUGAGACUAUUUAUCAAUCUCUUCAUUUCAGUUUCCCAUCUACGUAAAUAAAAACAAAUCAUAUUCUAUGACUGAGUAAUUCUUUAAAAUAAUUCUUAACUUGUUAAUUUACAUUUUCGAUCUUUCUCAAAUCAUUAGUUUGUGUUCAUUAAUAGCUGGUUUUUACUAGAUGUAUAAAACACAAAUAAAAAUUUAUCUGGAAAAUUUGUUUCUUUUUAUUGAUAAUUAUUUAUGGCAUGUAAUUUAUUGCAAUAAAAAUCUACAAAAUAACAGUAGAUCUCAAGAGUUCUUUGUGUAUUAAAACAAAUAUUCAGAAUAAUUUUGCUUGAUAAAAUACCUAUAUUUUAGAAGAAGUGUAUGAAAAUAAACUAAUUUUAAUGUAAGAGUACUGAAAGAACAUGAAUAAAAAUUAUCUACAAGUAUUAAUGAAUAUUAUUUGAUAAAAAUAUAUUAUAAAAAGGAUUUCAAAUGAUAAUUUUUAUGAGGUAUUUGAAGAAUUAUGAUAGUUUAUUCAAUUACCUUUUAAAAGGUAUUUCCGAAAAAUCUUAUAAGUGAGAUUGAAACCUGAUAAUAAAUAAAUAAGUUUACAUUUAUUAAUGUAAUGUGAAGGCCAUUUUCAAAAGUAAAAGAAAUCUUUAUAUACAUAUAUACAUAAAUUUAUUUAUUUUUAGGAAUAUAUUAUAUAGGAUGUGAGAAUUAUUUACUUAUUUUAAUUUGUUUUAAGAAAUGUAACUAUUUAAUUAUUGGAAUUGUUUUAAUUUUAAUGAGUUAUCUCAGAAAAAGAAAUACGAAAACAUCAAGAUGUUGUUAAUAAAGUGUACUAAAAAUCUUUUUAUUUAUAAGAUGUAUGCUUAAUAUUGAUUCAGUAGAACUUUAUUAAUAUUUAAUAUAUUUUGCUGUAAUCGGAUAAUAUUUUGAUGAUAUACAGUAUUUUUAUGACAUGAGUUUAUAAAAGUAAUCUGUAUGCUAUUUAUUGUUUCCAAAAUUCUUUCACAUGUGUAAUUAAUAAUUGAGUGAUAGGAUUCAAAAGCAAAUCUUGUAUACUUUGUUCUACAUUAUAAACUAUCUAUACAAGCAUGGUGUUUCUUUAAAACUAUCAAUUACUUUAUCAAAAGAAACUAUGAUUUUAAAACUAAAAAUAUUUCUUUAAUUAGAAUAUUUUACUGUAAAUCUCCAGUAACUUGUGUAUUAAUUUUCUGUUUACUGUAUUCUAAUGUCAGUAUUCCUGUUCAUGCAGAAGUAAAUAGUGCCUUAGUUGCUGUACUUUGUUACCUUUUGAAUGCCACAAUCAAAGGUUUGGAAAAAAAAAAAAAAUGUUAUCUGUUGUGUGUGAUGUGCUUUUCUGUAAAAAUCCAGAGUCCAGAUUUUUGAAAAUUGUCUUCCAGAGCUUUCUGUCAUCCUGAACGCACAUGUCUGCUCUGGAAAGUUGAGCCAUCUACUUAUACAAAUAAAAAUUACGUGUAAAAUAC